GUGUGACGCGUUUUGCGCAUUUCCUGCAGCUCGCGCUCACUGACGGAUUCAGGAGAGAAGGGGACGUGAAUCGAGGGGCGCGCGCAAGGACCGAAUGGGGAGAGAGGAGUCAACGACAAACACUGUGAUGUGUUCGGGGUGCUCGUGAGCCCCAAAAAAGGCACAAUAGGGAGGAAGAAAAGUGUUGCUUUUCCGAGAGUACACGCAAAUAUCGCGGUGGUGUGAGGUCGUAGCAAGGAGAUUAUCCCGGAGAGGAGCGAGCGAGCCGCGACGGGCUGGAAACAGAGCACCAAUCCCGAAUGGCUAGGCGCGGCUGCUCGCGCUUUCUCCCACCCUGACCCGGGAGUGACACAUAAGGACCGUGGCGAAGCUCUGGGACUUCAGUGUGAGCCACUUAUCCUGAUUCCCCCCCACCACCACCGUUUAUACCCCGGCCUGUUCUCGCUGAAACGGGAAUUUUUGCGUGGCACACAGGACCGAGCAUAAACAAACAAGACAGCCGCGCGAGUCGGAGAGUUCGGCAAGCAGCCUCUGAGGGCUGUGAAACUGCGUUAUAAGAGCGUUUUUCAGCCUGUUAGAGCUCAAUUAGCUUUACUGUUAGCGCCUGUGUGCGCGUGUAUGUGCAUGAGUGGAUAACACGGUGUUCUGAUAUGGCUGUAUUAGACUGAGAGUCUGCGGAGCCAGCGGCAUUAUGGGAUGUAGCAGGACUGUGCAGUGACCCCGCUCAUUGGAAGGAAACGCUCUGUGUACAGGAGCAGGAACAGCCAGACUAGCCUAAACACACACGUACACACCCUCAUCCUUUGACACACACACAUACACACAUCCCAGCAGACUGCAGCCAUGCCUGUGUUCAGUGGCCUGUUGAAGGUGAGAGUGUGUGAGGCUGUGGACCUAAAGCCCACCCCAUGGGCCUUGCGUCACGCUGUGGGGAAGAGCGGCUCUUUCUUGCUGGACCCCUACCUGGCCCUGAACCUUGACCAGACUCGACUAGGCCAGACCGCCACCAGAACCAAAACCAACAGUCCAGCCUGGCACCAGGAGUUCUGCACAGAGGUCCGUGAGGGAAGGAGCCUGGAGCUGUCAGUUUUCCACGAUGCUCCCAUUGGGUAUGAUGACUUUGUAGCCAACUGCACCAUCCAGCUGGAGGACCUGCUGCAGAACGGAACCAGGCACUAUGAAGACUGGAUUGACUUGGAACCAGAGGGAAAGGUGUACGUGGUCAUUGAUCUUUCCGGGUCCUCCACUGAAGCUUCAGGAACCAACGAGAAUGAAGAGCGAGUGUUUCGUGAGAGGAUCGGUCCACGUCGGCGACAAGGCGCCGUCCGAAGACGUGUCCAUCAGGUCAAUGGGCACAAGUUUAUGGCCACCUACCUGAGACAACCAACCUACUGCUCACAUUGCAGAGAUUUUAUCUGGGGUGUGCUGGGAAAGCAGGGAUACCAGUGUCAGGUGUGUACGUGUGUCGUCCACAAGCGCUGCCAUGAGCUCAUCAUCACCAAGUGUGCCGGGAUGAAGAAGCAGGAAGACACAGCUGAGGAGGUGGGUUCGCAGCGUUUUAGUGUUAACAUGCCCCAUAAGUUCAGUAUCCACAACUACAAGGUCCCCACCUUCUGUGACCACUGUGGCUCCCUGCUGUGGGGCCUCAUGAGGCAGGGCCUGCAGUGCAAAGUGUGUAAGAUGAAUGUGCACAGGCGGUGUGAGACCAAUGUAGCCCCAAACUGUGGUGUAGACGCCAGAGGAAUCGCCAAGGUCUUGUCUGACCUGGGAGUCACACCCGACAAGAUCUCCAACACCGCACAGCGCAGGAGGAAGUUGACUCCAGGGCAGGACCCUCCUCAGUCUCCUCCUGAGUUCUCUCAGACUGAGGAGAACAGCUUCAGCCAGCCAGCUGUCCCCACCUCCCCCUCGCAGCAGGACUUGGCAGAGUUAGAUCGCCUGCAGGACGCGCUGUCGCUUGACCAGCAGGGACCCCAGCACUCCUCCUCCUCUUCCUCCAACUCCACCAACUCCUCGUCGUCCUCCUCCUCAGCGGCCAGGGAGAAUGGACAGAGCCAGAGGAGGAGCCUCAAGGACUUCAACUUUAUCAAAGUUCUUGGCAAAGGCAGCUUUGGCAAGGUGAUGUUGGCAGAGCUAAAGGGGACGGAGGAAGUUUACGCCGUCAAAGUUUUGAAGAAGGAUGUGAUCCUUCAGGACGAUGACGUGGACUGCACCAUGACAGAGAAGCGCAUCCUGGCCCUCGCCCGCCGCCACCCCUACCUCACCCAGCUCUACUGCUGCUUCCAGACACGAGACCGUUUAUUCUUUGUAAUGGAAUAUGUGAAUGGAGGAGAUCUGAUGUUCCAGAUUCAGCGAUCUAGGAAGUUUGAUGAGCCUCGCUCUCGUUUUUACGCCGCUGAAGUCACCUCAGCCCUCAUGUUCCUGCACCGUAACGGAGUCAUAUACAGGGAUCUGAAGCUGGAUAACAUCCUCUUAGACGCAGAAGGCCACUGUAAGUUGGCAGACUUCGGUAUGUGCAAAGAAGGCAUCAUGAAUGGGGUGACCACCACUACCUUCUGUGGCACACCUGACUACAUCGCUCCUGAGAUUCUGCAGGAGCUGGAGUACGGGGCCUCUGUGGACUGGUGGGCGCUAGGGGUGCUGAUGUAUGAGAUGAUGGCCGGACAGCCUCCAUUCGAAGCAGAUAAUGAAGAUGACCUGUUUGAGUCGAUUCUCCAUGAUGACGUCCUCUAUCCUGUGUGGCUCAGUAAGGAGGCCGUUUCCAUCCUUCGAGCGUUCAUGACAAAGAACCCAGCCAAGCGUCUGGGCUGCGUGGUGAGCCAGGGCUGCGAGGAGGCCAUCAAAACCCAUCCCUUCUUCAGGGAGAUCGAUUGGGUCCUGCUGGAGCAGAGAAAAGUGAAACCACCCUUUAAACCACGCAUUAAAACCAAGCGAGAUGUGAAUAACUUUGACCAAGACUUCACCAAGGAGGACCCGGUGCUGACACCCACAGAUGAGGCAAUCAUCCGACAGAUCAACCAGGAGGAGUUUAAAGACUUCUCCUACUGUGCCCCUGAGGAGACGCAGACCUAACAUACAGACACACACACACACACACACAGAUCCAACAACACUAAACCUGGCAUGCUCGUAUGCAAACAUGCUUACGCUCAGUAGAAUCAUAAAUCCAUUUACAAACGCACAUACACACACUCAGUCACUCCUUUACUUUGAAGCUAUUGGUUGUUGUUACUUUUGGAUUAUUAUUUACUUGCAUUGUGUUGUUAUUGUUGCCUGGGUUUGUUAUGAAUAUGACUAUGAAAAUAAAUAUGAAUAUGCACAGCUGCACAUGCUCUCACUCAACUGCACACUUUUAAUGCAGAUUUACACACAAACACUACAGUCUUCUACAUGCUCUCACACACUCACAAGCUCAGACAACCAAACACUCACACCUACAUUGCUUCUCUUUCUGGCACCUUCACACAUGUGGACUGAGGGUGCUGGGUGCUGAGGCCUGUAUAUAGCCUGUGUUGAGUGGCUGUAUCGUGUUGGUAUUGUCUGCUAGUAAAGGAGCGUUGUGGCGCAUGGACAAGCACCCUACCUGUGUUAUUACUGUCCUUAUUGUAGACCAGUUAGGGCCAAAUUCCCUUUGUGCAAUACCAUGACUAUCUAUAUAUUUUAUGGUUGGUUUGUCAAUGUGUUAUUUUUGUGUGUUUUCUCUUUGAAAUGAUUUUUUUUUUCUUUUUGGAUUGAAAUAUUGCUUUCACUGUUGCACACUCUGUCCUCCUGUCCAGUGUAUAUAAAGUGAAUGUUACAGGCUAUUGAACUAAUUAUGUGGAGCAGAGAGUUACAGGCGUUCUGUGUAGCAGUGAGAGGCUCAAUGUCCAGAUAUUUCAUCCAUCUUUUAUUGUCAGAGUCCAUGUCAAUCCGACCGGUGCGAAUGUACUGGCCCUUGAAAGUGUGAUUUUUUCUUUUCUUUUUUUUGUCUUUCCUCCUGGUAAUGUGUUUUUUUUUGUUUGUUUUUUUUUAUUAUUAUUUUAUUUUAUUUUAUUUUUUUGUCUUCAGCAUUUCUGUUUCUAUAACUACCACCAGUGUUUUCAGCCUCUACCCCUCUUCUUUUUCUCUCCAAAGCACCAAUUCCCCUUUUCCACCUCAAACAGCUGUCUCUUUUUCUCUGCCAAAACACUUCCUUUUCUUUAGCUUUUUUCAAGAAUGGCUUUUCUUUCUAUGGCUCUCUCUUUUUUAUCAUUAUAAUGAUUAUUAUUAUUAUUAUUAUUAUUAUUAUUAUUAUUGUAAAGUGUAUCUGGAGGAAUCAUUUAUGUAUAUUGCUAUAACUAUACCAUUAUAGGUCUGUUACAGUCAGUUGAUAGGAAAUGUGGAGAACCAGCAGCUGAAUUACCUCUCAUUUCAAACACACAUGCUGAACACAACACACAGACUCUCUUCCCUUCGCGACCUUCCCCUGCUCCUCAUUGUCUCUCUUACAAAUACAUGCACACACUGGGAAGGACUGAUGUACAGUGAUCUCUGAAAACGAGCUGGUUGCUGUCUGUGCAGUAGAGUCGGUGUGUAGUGAAGCUUUGUGCACCCAGGGGUAGGGCUGUUCCUGGUCACACUAUCUUACUCUGUGCCAAAAUGUAGUGCAACAGCCAGGCUAGUCCUGUCUGGUAUGAUUCCAAUAAAACACUGAGCUGUCUACAUCAA